AAAGCUCACAGAAUUGUCGACAUGCUCUUCAGGCCCAUUUCCUCAUCCUUCGAUCUCGCCAUAGAAUUUGGAGCCAGGCGCUCUUCUACGGCAGCUCAGCUCUUCAUUCAUCGCCUGCCUUGCACGAAGCUUGCCUGUUGCUCACCCUCUCUUCCGACGUGCACCCAGACUUAAUUUCCUCGGCAUCGACAUGCAGUUCAUCACGCUCGGUUCGAUCUUCCUUGCGCUUUCGGUCUGUGGUGCUUCUGCUGCGCCCGCGUACAGUCAAUCAGACGACUGCGAGACGGCACCGGUAACGUCCGCGACGACGAUUUCUCUCAACGCAUCCUCUGCGACCGCGAGUGCCCCCUCCGUUGACAACGACAAUACGUUCAAGACGACGAUCUUCCUUAACAAGCCUUCCGCGACUGCGAGUGCCCCCUCCGUUGACCAGAGCGGCAGCGACAAUGCCACCCCUGCAAUCCGUCCGACCAUAUUCCUGAACGGGCCCUUCGCCAAUGCCACGCCGUUAUCGAGCAUUCUUCAGUUCAACAGGCGCCAGAUCGCAUCCGCUUUGAGGGAUUCUAUCAACUUCAGCUUCUCUUUUGGUGGCAUCGUCCCAACGUCCUCCGCCGACGCAUAUGGGCCUGCGCAGACGUCAACCAACUCGUCCUCCCUCCCUGCGUCUUCGACGCCAAUUGCGUCGGCCCUCCCGGUGUUGCAAUCCACGGAUGCGUUGUCGACCGCCUCCGCGUCUGCGUCGGCCCCUGCGGCAUCUAACGCGUCCAGCGUGUCCAUUUCGACGCUGGUGGUUAUCGGCACCGUCACAGCGCCCGCUGUUACCGUUACCGAACCCGCUGUCACCGUCACCGUCACCAUCAAUUGUUCCGCCAAUGCCACCUCUGUAGCAGCGGCCACUGGCGUCCCUUCCUCUGGCGCGGCAACAAGCACGCUCUCUUCCUCCGCCUCCAGCCAGCCAUCUUUAACGGGCUCUGCCACAUCUCCCGCCGUCACUGUCGCGCCUACGUCGUUCUCCAUCUUCCUCACCCUGCACCCUUCACCCAGUCCUUCCGUCGCUUCGUCCGCGUAGGGAAAUGUGCGCAUCCGAUAUCCGCACACGAGGCAGGCAUCCUUCGGAGACUGUGCAGUUAGUUGUAUAACGUUAAUUUUGGAUUCCUGGUGAACUGAAUUGUUUCUGCUUGAUUCAUCGUUUUGGUGUAGCCCUAAUAGUUAUUAUACCUGCUUAUUGUUUCGACAUAUUUGUGCUUGCAAGUCAUGUAGAUUUGAAGGCCUGAAGAUCGAGUGUGGUCUGAACUUCAAUCUAAAUGAACAAUAAUGCACUCGAU